AGAAUCCUUGAAAUGAGAAAUAAAAGGAUGAGUAGGGAGGAAGAAGUGAAGAAGGUGGAGGUGGUUCUUUCAGCGAGAAUGAAGACGGUAGUUUAGUGCCCAAAAGGGGCCUCCUUUCUUCUUUUUUCUCUUCUUCAUCCGCUCUCUUUGCCCAACAUCAAUCGUGAGUGUUCGCAGCUUUAUCAGCUUCGAGAUCUCCUUUUGUUUCCUCCCUCUUAGCUGGAACCAAAUCCGGAGGAGAAGAUACGGGUUUGUGAGUAAAGCUUUUAUCUUUCAGCUGGUAUCUUCGUUUUGAGGGUUUAGUUUUUGAGACAGUGUCGUUUCCAAAUGUCUCCAUGUUCGUGCCUCUCCUUCUUCCCCAAUGAUAGAGCAUUCUUGAAAUCCAUAUGAUAAGGCUGAUAGGUUGCAUUUUUCGCUAUCCAGAUCGACCCUUGGUCGAUCUUGGCCGGGUAGUAUUUAGAAGGACCAAAAGUUCAAUCUCUAUUGUAUACCAAAGAUGCAAACGAUGUUUGCACAUUGAUUCUAUAACCCCUUCGUGUAGAAAAAGCUUCUCAUUUUUGGUUGUUGGGGUGGGGUUUAUUUUUCAUUUUUAGUCUGGUGGAUCAUACUUGUAAAGACAAAUAGGGUUCUAGGAAUUAGGUCUUUUUCAUUUGGUUAGGGAUUUGAGAUAUGUUGGAAGACCGCUUUUAUUUGAUUUCCAGGGUGUUUGAGGAAAGUUCCGAGGAAGAAUCCAAUUGGCAUUACCCGGCUUGUCACUUCCAUGAGUCCUUGAACACCAAGAAAAGAGUAUUAGAGGACGGAUUGGCAGAAGUGGAGGAGGAACUAGGUAAAAGGAAGAAACCUCUGCGUCAACCUAUUAACCCCAAAUUGGGAGAUAUGAAUCAACCUCUUGACAAUUCUGCAUACAAUAAUCCAAACAUCUUGAGCAGGCUACCUGGUGAUUUAAUAAUGACAUGCUUUCUGCGCCUUUCUCGCUCUGAUUAUGGUGCAAUAGCAUCCGUCAACCGUACCUUCCAUUCUAUGAUUCAGGAUCUCUACAAGCACCGACGCCGGCAGGGAAUAAUGGAACACUGGAUCUAUUUCUCAUGCACAGCCCUGCAAUGGCAGGCAUUUGAUCCGUACCGCAGACGCUGGAUAAAAGUUCCUCAGAUGCCUGCUAGUCUUACUGAAACCUUCACCUUUUCAGACAAGGAGUCUCUUGCUGUGGGCACGGAUCUCCUGGUUUUCGGCCGGGAGAUGACUUCUUCAGUUGUUUUGAGAUAUAGCAUUUUGAGCAACUCUUGGUCACCGGGAGUUGUCAUGAACUCACCUAGAUGUCUGUUUGGAUCAGCUAGCCUUGGCGGGAAGGCGAUUAUAGCUGGUGGUAUCACCAAUAAUGGCGAGAUUCUGAACUCCGUGGAGCUAUAUGAUUCAGAGACUCGAACUUGGGAGGCCCUUCCUCCGAUGAAUAGAGCAAGGAAGAUGUGUUCUGGGGUGUUCAUGGAUGACCAAUUUUAUGUCAUUGGUGGAAUGGCUAAUGAAAGGGAGGUGUUGACAUGCGGGGAACGGUACGACAUGAAGCGAGGCUCAUGGCAACUGAUUCCAAACAUGUCUGCGGGUCUCAGUGGUGAGCACGGCGCACCGCCACUUGUAGCUGUCGUGAACAAUGUGCUCUAUGCAGCUCGCUAUGCUGACAACAUUGUGAUGAAGUAUAACAAGGAGAAGAAUACAUGGAAAGGAUUGGGGAAAUUGCCUGAGAGGUCUGACUCAAUGAAUGGUUGGGGGAUUGCUUUCCGAGCUUGCGGCGAGAGAUUAAUAGUUAUUGGGCGUCGAGGACCUCGCGGAGGAAUGAUUGAAUUAAAUUCUUGUGUUCCAAACGGAGGGAAAACUGAGUGGAAGACUAUUGCCGUUAUGCAAUCUGCAGACUUCGUUUUCAACUGUGCUGUCAUGGGUUGCUGAUUUUUCAUAUGUAUGGCAUGAUUAUAUUUUACUUCUUGCAAAAACGAUGAGCAAUGCUGACUGCAAAGGGAGUAUAAAACACUAAUUCUGCCUAAUUGGUAGUUUCUACAUUUCUGAUGUUUCGAUUGAGCUGAUGAUUCAUCUGUAAUAUCAAUUUGUAUCAUUACUUCCUGUAUUCAGGUUUACCCCAUUCAUACAUGUUAAGUUGGAACUAUUUUACAAUAAAGUUGCAUUUGCUGA